UGUGGACGCUUGUAGUUGAAAUGGCAGCCAAACUUUUAGUCCUACUCGUUGCAGUGGCCGCCAUUGUCGUCCAUUUUGUGUUCCGCCCAAGACUUCAGUUCGGUGACCACAGGGAGACGGUGUACAAUCACGUGCCUGGCACGUGCCGGCCGGUGGAGGGGGUCGUGCAUGGGUCGGAGGACAUCGUACGUACCCGGGACGGGCUCGCCUUCAUAUCCACGGGGGUGAGGCCAGCCCCAGUCCUCACUCCCGACCCCUGGUACCUCCAGGGAGUGGGGAAGAUCCUCCUAUUCAACUUCAAGAACCCUGAGGACGGAGUGAGGGAGUUGAAGAUUGAGCCUGGGGAGAAGUCGGAGGGCCUGGAGCCACACGGGUUGGGUCUGUACGAGAACCAGGACAGCGGAGAGAUCAGACUGUUUGUUGUGAACCAUCACAAGGACGGUGACCGGAUAGACAUAUUCCGGUACUUAAAGACCAACACCACCCUGCGGCUGGUCAGGUCAGUGCAGCACCACCUGCUGUACAGCAUGAACGACGUUGUUGCCGUGGGAACGGAUUCGUUCUACGCGACAAACGACAUGUACAGCGUCAGGCCUUGGGCAAAACGAUUGGAGAGUUUCCUAUCACCGUGCUGGUCUAAUGUGGUUUACUAUGACGGCUCCGAUGCCUUCGUCGCCGCGGAAGGAUUCGCCUUUGCCAACGGUAUCAAUGCGCCCCCUGGCGGCAGGUUUGUGUACGUCUGCGACACCCCUCGUCAGGCCGUCCAGGUGUUCCGGCGUCGUGCAGACAACAGGCUUCAGCUGGAGCGGGAGAUCCACCUGGCCACGAGCGUGGACAACGUGGACGUCUGUCCGGACACAGGUGACCUGUGGAUCGGGGCACAUGGAUCUUUCAACAAACACAUGGAGGACAGGAUUAACCCAUCAUCAUCACAGGUACUGCGGAUCCAGGACCCGGCGGGAGCCUCCCCGGAAGUGACGGAGCUGUACGCUAACGACGGGCGGCAGCUGAACGGCUCCAGCGCGGCGGUGGUCUACAACAGACGCCUGCUCAUAGGGACCGUGCACGACACGCUGCUCUACUGUGACGUCACGGUCCCGCUGUGACGUCAUGGUAUCCAUGGCAACACAUAGUCCUGAUAGGAACCGUACACGAAAUGCUACUCUACUGUGACGUCACGGUCCCACUGUGAUGUCAUGGCAUCCCAUAACAACACACGCAUUCCUGGUAAGAACUGAGCACGUGGCGUUACUGUACCUUUGUGAAUAUUGUUGGGUGGUGUGUCUGAUGUCACGGUGACGUGCUGUAAAUACAUAGAAAUCCAACUGUGCCUGUCAACUUGCAAGUUUGACCAUAGACAUUACGUACUCAUUUGUCACGUGAGUGUCAACAAGUGUACGAGUAAUUUAGUAAACACAAAUAAAGCAAAAUAAA